GGUGAUUUAGAUGUACGAGAGGUCAGUGAGUGCGCCGAAAGGAUCGGUCAGUCGUUUGUAAUUGAGUUCCACAAUGGCACUGAUCGAUAAUUUCCAGUGAAAGAGAAUGAUCACUCUUUGCUGAUUUUUUUAAGACAAAUUGAAAAAAGCACCGCUGAGAAUAAGGACCCGGGUUCAAAUACAUUGAAUUCAAUUUAGCAGAAAAGAAUUUUCUGUAUGUACAAUAUAUAUAUAUAUAUAGUUGAAAGCCAGUAGUGCGGUUGUAAAUCUUUUAUACGAAACUAUGGCUGAGAGUAUGCUUUCAUUAUGCGGAGGGAAGGAGCAGGUCCUUCUGUUAUUCCUGAUUCAGCUCAUCAUAAUGGUUUUAAUGGGCACAUUAACAACAUAUGGACCUGAGGCACGUGCUAAUGUGAUCAGUAACCAUUCAAUUCCAGUUAAAAAUGGAGGCAUUUCACUUGAUGAUAUUGAAGAUCCACUUCGAAUUUAUCCCAUGUACCAAGAUGUUCAUGUAAUGAUAUGGAUCGGUUUUGGAUUCUUAAUGACAUUUUUGCGAAGAUAUGGACAAAGUGCCGUUGGACUAACUUUCUUAAUAGGCGCAAUUUUAGUACAAGUGGCAAUGUUAUGCGAUGGGAUUAUAAGUAUGGGCAAAAAUGGCAAAGCACUUUUAUCUCUUCAAGGAUUACUCAGUGCAGACGUAGCAGUUGCAGCGCCUCUAAUAUCCAUGGGAGCCGUUCUAGGUAAAACAACAUAUAUGCAACUUAUCAUCAUGGGAAUAAUUGAACUAAUCAUGUACACGGCAAACAAAUACAUCGGCGAACAUCACUUGAUGGCUGUUGAUGCCGGUGACAGUAUGUACGUUCACGUAUUCGGAGCUUAUUUUGGAUUAGCAGUCAGUUUUGUUUUUGGAGUGAAGGAUAAACCGAAAGAACAUCACCUUGAAGGCUCCACUUACCAGUCAGACAUUUUUGCAAUGAUUGGAACGGUGUUUCUCUGGCUAUUCUGGCCCUCCUUUAACAGCGCUUCUUUGAAAGGCGACGAUCAGCAGCGCGCUAUAAUAAAUACAUUAUUAUCACUUACUGCAAGCUGUGUAAUUGCAUUUGCUGUGUCUGCUCUUGUUUCGAAAGAAAACAAGUUUAACAUGGUCCAUGUUCAGAAUUCCACUCUGGCUGGUGGAGUUGCAAUUGGUACAGCCGCUGGUAUGAUGUGCGAACCAAUCGGAGCACUGGUCAUUGGCUGCGCUGCUGGUGUGCUUAGCGUUUUAGGCUACAAAUACCUCACGCCCUUAAUCCAGAAGAAGCUGAGGAUUCACGACACAUGCGGAGUUCAUAAUCUACAUGGAAUGCCAGGAGUGUUGGCAGGAAUUUUUGGUGCUUUAAUGUCAGGAAUUGCCUCGGAAGAUGCCUACAAUUACUCUCUCUAUGAAAUUUUUCCAGCUCGCGCUCCCAGUGAGGAGGGAAAACUCGCGGAGAUGAGAGACAAUUACAAUAUAUCACCGGGCCUGAAUAGAACAGCUGGUCAACAAGCAGCUUAUCAAUUAUUAGCCCUCGUGAUAUCAAUCGUGUUUGCCAUUAUAUCCGGAUUAAUCACUGGUUUAAUUAUUAGAACGUCAUUUUGUGGAACGAUAAAAGAGGAUGAAAAAUUCGACGACGCGGUGCAUUGGGAAUUGGAAGAAGAAUCAAUGAGCGAGGUUUCAAAACACUCAGAUGGAAUGCGAGAUCAAAUGCCAAUGGGACACAUUUGAAAAUUAACUCGCAUUUCCCCGUAUUUCAAAAUAACUUCCACAUUACUCGUGUUGUAAUAAUAAAUUCCCUGUUUUUAAAAAAAAAAUGAAAAGCAAAAAAAUGCCAUUUCAAAAUUUUUCAUUUAGGAAAAAAAACGUAAAAUUUCCUUCA